GUGCCCGAGGCGGAACAGGUGCCCCUGGCAGCCAAGCUCCUUGCAAUGUCCAACACGGUGGAUGUGGUGGUCGCAGGGCAUGGUGACGCCCAGGAAGCAGCCCUCCCAGAGUUGCUCCGGGCCUACCAGACCGUGGCUCUGACCACAAAU